UUGUACCAGCUUCUCCACGGUGGCGGCUGCUGUCUUCAUCCGAGCUUCUCGAACAGAUUGGUGGUCUCCUUAGACUCUUUUAUAGAUUCCACCUUAUCCGACCUGGUAUUCCUCCUCAACGAGCAUUCAAAUGUUCCGUCUCCAUUCCCCGCGGUCGAUUAGGCCGAAUCCCAUUUAGCACAGCUGCGAUUGCUAGCUCGACCAAUCUCCGAUCCCCUUCCCUUCCGACGGGAUGUCCGAGAAAUUAACGGAUUCCAUGGUCGACAUCAAAUUCCAGGAGUUCGCUUCGGAUUACAUGUCCUGCUCCGCAAUACAUCAUUGGCCGGAUCCUUCAACCGACCUGCUGGAACUUUCAGGGGAUUUCUCCGAUUCCUCCAGCUUCAGCUACGACAUCUCCGGCGAAAUCCAGCGGCUGGCUUCAUUCUUCGAUGGCGAGGUUUCUAAUUCGGAUGAGGAAAGAGGGGGGAACGAGUUGGGUCUAGGGUUUCUUUCUUCCGUCUCUGACGAAAUCCUCGAAAGCGGGUCGCCGGCAAUCGUAAAACCCUUGGUGAGAUCCUGCGUAGAGACCCUUGGUACGUCCUUUGCUUCACUGGAUGCAAAACGCGCCGCAGCGGGCAAUCUCCGGCUUCUCGCCAAGCACCGAUCAGAUUUCCGCGAGCUGAUCGGUAGAUCAGGCGCGAUUCAAACCCUAAUCCCACUUCUCCGAUGCACCGACCCUAUCGCGCAGGAGAACGCAGUCACCGCACUCCUCAAUCUCUCCCUCGAAGAAUCCAAUAAAACCCCCAUCACAGCCGCAGGAGCCAUCAAACCUCUGGUCUACGCUCUACGAACUGGAACGGCAACCUCGAAGCAGAACGCUGCUUGCGCGCUGCUGAGUCUAUCGAUGAUUGAGGAAAAUCAGAUCAUAAUCGGGGUAUGCGGCGCGAUUCCUCCGCUAGUUUCGCUUCUGGUUAACGGAUCAAGUAGGGGAAAGCAGGAUGCUCUGACGACGCUUUACAAGCUGUGCGAUGCUCGGCAGAACAAGCAACGGGCUGUGAGCGCAGGGGCUGUGACGCCACUUGUGGCAUUAGUAGCAGAGGGUAGAGGUGGAACGACAGAGAAGGCGAUAGUGGUUUUGAGCAGAUUGUCGGAGAUAAAGGAGGGGAGAGAGGCGAUUGUGGAGGAAAGUGGGAUUCCGGCGCUUGUGGAGGCUUUGGAGGCAGGGCCUGCAAAUUGGAAGGAAUUCGCUGUUAUUACGCUGCUCCAUCUUUGUAGAAAUUCCGAGCGCAACAGAGGGCUCGUUGUGAGAGAAGGAGUUGUUCAGCCACUCGUCGCUCUAUCUCAGUCUUCUUCUUCCCGCACCAAACACAAGGCGCAUUUGCUGCUGAAAUAUCUCCGAGAGCCGCGACAAGAUGGCCCAUUUCCACCCGCACGAGGGAAAUGAUUUGUUCUUGUUCCACGUGGUCUUAUUCAAGAUGCAGGGCGUCCAGGACAUGGAACAAUUGGAGCACAAAUUGGAGAAAUCAAUAGGCAAGUGCUUCAACGCUCGAUGCAAUCCAUUCUAACGAAGAAUCAAAAGAAGGUGACACUCGAACACUAGGCCCUUAGCACCCCAGCACCCAAUGUCAGCGCUGCCUUGCCACUAAGGCAAUCUCUCAUAUACCAGAAGCCCUAAUUUGAUGACCCGGAGGCACGAAAUAUAGUGUUGCAAGCCAACACAGCUACGUCCACAUCAAUGCCACCUUGUGAGUAUCAACGUGCCUUUAACCAACUUAGGAUGAUUUUGGUGGUUUUGCCGAGUGUUCCGAUGCGACAAAACAUAUCAGGAUUAAACUUCUUCGUGGAGAGGAGGCUGGCAACAUUUUGGGAGAGCCUAACUCCACACUUGGGAGAGAAAAGUGAAUUGUGGAGAUUUCUAGUGUGAUAUACUUGUUUUAUGUGAGAGAGAGUGAGACUGUGAUUGUAGUAAAUGAGGAAAUUUCAUAGGAAGAUCCAAUCUUG